ACGCCCUGGUUUCGGCAAGCUAUAAAAGGAGCGGCCGCGCCCGAGUACGGAGGGUGUGGCUGUGAAGGUGUGUGCGGAAGCAGUUGCAGUCGCUACUACGAUGGCCGAGGGGACUAUUUAUAUGUGGAGUGUAAACCAGGCUAAUAAAGCUGCCCAUGAGGCUUGGGUGAAAGAGACUGGAAUCCAGUUAGUCCAGAUCAAUGGUCAGAGGAAAUAUGGUGGUCCUCCACCAGGCUGGGCUGGCAGUGCCCCACCAUCUGGUUCAGAGGUUUUCAUAGGGAAGAUCCCGCAGGAUAUAUAUGAGGAUAAACUAAUUCCUCUCUUCCAAAGUGUGGGAAGGCUCUAUGAAUUUCGUCUCAUGAUGACGUUCAGUGGGCUUAACCGUGGCUUUGCUUAUGCGCGAUACACAAGCAGGCACAAUGCCCAAGAAGCAAUUGCCACACUCAACAACUUUGAAAUUCAGGCCAGCUACCCCAUUGUGGUCUGUAGGAGCACUGACAAGUGUGAGCUCUGCAUUGAUGGUCUGGCGCUCUCUGUGAGAGAGGAUCAUCUUCUGCCAAUGCUGCAGGAACUUACCACAGGAGUCCUGAGCAUUUCCUUGCACCUCAGUCCUUGCAGAAGGGAGAGACAAUUGGCAGAGGUGAAAUAUAUCUCCCAUCACGCUGCUGCAAUAGCCAAGAAAGCUCUUGUGGAAGGUAGUUUGUGUCUAUGUGGAGAUGACAUAGAAGUGGAUUGGCUGAAACCAAAUAUAAAACAGAAACUCCAUAACACCUCCAAACAAGCCUUUCCAGGGAUCCUGCCAUCCAAAUAUUUUCACAGAGAUGCCCCCAGCAAGAUACCUUCUGGGCUUGUGGACUCUUACAUGCAACCAGCAGUGGGCAGUGUGCUGGACUACCUGAACUUGCAAUGUGAGGAACGGCAGCUGGGGCUGCCUCUAUUUCUUACCAAAUGUGUGCAAAAGAAUCGUGAAGGAUGGUUACGGUUCUGGUAUCAGGUGGUGAUACCCAAAUACCCAUUUCCCUUAAGUGGGUUCAUCUGGAUCAAGCCAGGUCAUUCUGGCAUGGAGGACCAUGAAGAGGCCAAGAACGCAGUGGCUCUGCAGCUACUCAAAAUCCUGGGCUGCCCUGUGGUGUAAGAGGCAUGUUGAAGGACAGCUCUCAGGUUCAGGAGAGGCCUGCGUGUGCCGCUCCUGCCGGCUAAAACCAGCUUGGAGCAAAGCCACAGGGAGGGGAGUGCCUGGCAUCUUCUGUCAUUUGUUCAUUUGUUGGUUGGGGGCAUUGUUUCCUUUGGAGUCUUUUUUUCUUUUCUGGCUAUAUUUUAAAUAGGUUGUGCAUGCAAAUUUCAGAACUAAAAUGUUUUAAGUUAAUUCAUUUGAGUUGCCAUGCUUGUUUGCUAGUAGGCAGUCUAAAAGGAGGGUAUAUUUUGGGUUCACAACUUGCUUUCCAUUUCUUAAGCAUGACUCUCUUAAAAAGUAUACCAAUGACUCCAGCUAGGGAUUCAGUCCUUAGUUCCUUUUCCUUGUUUGCAUGUUUAUAAAAACCAUUGUUCUCCUUUGUACUUGACAGUUUGGCUAGCUUUCUCAUUUGUUUGAGUGCUUGAAUUUGUUUUAUAGCCAGAUUCCUUGGGAGAGGGAGGCAUCGGACAAUCUUUCUUAAACAGGGAUAGUCUGUAACAAGUUCUUGAUGGGCUGUACAACUAAACCUGUUUCUCUAGGAAGAAAAUCACUCCCAGUGAUCAUGUCUUUCUGUAAUGGAAGCCACUUCUUCAAGCUGGAUUGAACUGUAUGGGGUGAUGUUCCCUUAAUACUUUCCUGAACCUAACAGCAGAACACCAGGUGCCUUUUUAAACAUAAAAAACAGCUCCAAUGAAUAACAAGCAGGGUGUAUUUCAGAGAAAGGAUUAUUCUGAGUCCCUUUAAACUCUUUGCCUUUUUAAAAAGUGCAUCAAAAAUAGUGAAUGAAUAUGCAACAUUGGAAACAGAGGCACUUUAUUAUUAAAAGUUGUUUUGAAAAAAAUUAAGUGUUCAGUGUCCUCAUCUGAAGCAUUUGAAAUCUGGUGGACGGUAUUGUAUAGGUUGCUUCUAGACACAGUUGCUGUUGUUUCUUCCACAAGUAUCUGGCCUUUAAUUGCCACUAGAAUGAAUGGUACUGCACACUUCACAAAAAUUCAGACCACUUGAUGAUCAGAAGUUGGGGUAUUGUCAGUGCAUCAUUUCCCUCAGCCCAACUUCAAAUCCCAGACCUGCUUUGUAGAAAACUAGAAAUGUAAGAAACUGAUAAGCCAGAGAUGUUGCUGUUUGUCAGUGGCUCUCGUGUGUUGAUAUAAAGAGGCUAUGACAGAAGCCUGUAGUCCUAUGUGCCUUGAUCUUCUAUUUACACUUUUUGAAAUGGUUUUAAUGUUUAAAGUUUUGAUGUUGUGAA